UGCGUAAAAACCAAAACUAAUUUAAUUUACCCUACUUCUACCUCCUCUCGAUCAAUCCAAGCCACAGCGAGUUUUCUUCCAUAGCCCAGGUUAUGGAGGUCCAAACACCCCCACCAAAGCGCAAGCCAGUACUGACCCGAAUGAACACGUACGUAGCCAACAGCUGGGUGGGCAAGCGGUUCAAGCUGGCCGAGCGCAACUCCACCUUCACCACCGAGCUCCGAGCCGGCACCGCUACGUUCCUCACAAUGGCCUACAUCCUCGCCGUCAACGCCUCCAUCCUCACAGACUCCGGCGGGACAUGCUCGGUCUCCGACUGCAUCAGCCUCUGCUCCGAUCCCUCCAUCUCUGUCCUCAACUGCUCCGGGCCCAACCUCCGGGUCAUCCAGCCGGACGCGUCCUGCAAGUUCAACCCUGUCAACCCGGGUUACGAGUCCUGCCUCGAGAGAAUACGCAAGGACUUGAUAGUAGCCACCGUGGCUUCUUCUCUUAUCGGGUGCGUCAUAAUGGGUGUCUUUGCUAAUCUUCCUUUGGCUUUGGCUCCGGGUAUGGGUACCAAUGCUUAUUUCGCUUACACGGUUGUGGGGUUUCACGGGUCGGGAAGUGUCUCCUACAGCAGCGCCUUGGCCGCCAUUUUUAUCGAAGGUUUGAUCUUCUUGGCAAUUUCAGCAGUUGGGUUACGAACCAAACUUGCCAAACUCGUCCCAAAACCCGUCCGAAUCAGCUCAUCAGCCGGCAUCGGUCUAUUCUUGGCUUUUAUUGGGUUACAAAACAACGAAGGAAUCGGGUUGAUCGGCUACAGCUCGUCAACCCUGGUGACACUGGGAGCCUGCCCGGCAUCCUCUCGGGUCUCCCUCGCCCCUGUUAUAACCGCAGCGAACGGGACAGUUAGUUUACUCCCAGGAGGUACCGUCUCAGGGGGAAUUUACUGCCUCCGAGACACCAUGGAGAGCCCAACAUUUUGGCUCGGAAUCGUCGGGUUCGUAAUUAUUGCAUAUUGCCUGGUGAAAGACGUUAAAGGCGCGAUGAUUUACGGAAUAGUAUUCGUAACAGCGGUGUCGUGGUUCCGGAAUACGAAGGUAACGGCGUUUCCGAAUACGGAAGCGGGGGAUACGGCGUACGAGUAUUUCAAGAAGGUAGUGGAUGUGCAUGCGAUAAAAAACACGGCGGGGGCAUUGAGCUUUAGUAGUAUCGGAAAAGGUUCCUUUUGGCAAGCUCUGGUCACGUUCUUGUACGUGGACAUACUGGAUACGACCGGUACGUUGUACUCGAUGGCCCGGUUCGCCGGCUUCGUGGAUGAAAACGGCGAUUUCGAGGGGCAAUAUUUCGCUUUCAUGUCGGACGCCACGUCAAUUGUGGUGGGGUCGUUGCUAGGUACUUCACCGGUGACGGCGUUCGUAGAAUCGUCGACGGGAAUUAGGGAGGGAGGAAGAACAGGGCUAACGGCGCUUACGGCGGCGGGAUACUUCAUGUUGGCUUUUUUCAUAACGCCGUUACUGGCGUCGAUACCAGCGUGGGCGGUGGGACCGCCGUUGAUACUGGUGGGGGUGUUAAUGAUGAAGUCGGUGGUGGAGAUAGACUGGAACGAUAUGAGGGAGGCAAUCCCAGCAUUUGCGACGAUGAUAUUGAUGCCUUUGACUUAUUCAAUAGCGUAUGGGCUUAUUGGUGGGAUCGGGACUUACAUUGUAUUGCACCUCUGGGAUUGGGGUCACGCACUUUUGGUGAGACUUGGAAUGGUGAAGCCAGUACAUGGGGGAUUGGUCAAUGGGACACCUCAUCCUACUUCCGCUUCUAAUUCUCCUCGUUCAAGUCUCAAACCACUCGAGGUCUAAUCUAAUUGGAGGGGACCAUGUUAAUUUGCUUUUGUUUUUUAGUUCUUUUGAUUAAGAAUAUUCCACUUUUCGUUGUUGUUCUGUCUCUGGUAAAACAACUGGGAAUUAAGAAGAUUAGAAAUAGUGGAUUAUCCCGAUCAGAGCCAGAUCAGGCAUUAUUUAUUUAUUGUUAUGUAAAUAAAUAUAAAAUAUUUCAAUGCUUAGUUGUA